CCAUGACGGUAGCUGUACGCGGUUUGGAAAAAAGUAGAAAGACAUGAAAGCCCUUAUAUCACUUUAAAUUGACACAAAACGCACUUUCUUUCUGAGAAUCCAAAUCUAAAUUUUCUCUCAUCCGAAACCCUAAAACCUUCAUCAAUUUGAAACCCUAAUUUUCGUGUCUUCGUCUCCUUCAUCAAGCUUUUACCCCCAAAUUGAGAUUUUUUCUAUCAUCUCCAUCAGGGUUACAUUACUAAAAUUUCUUGAAGGAAUUUGACCUGUUUUAUUGCAAGUGCAAUGGCUUCUUCCUUGGAUAUUUCCCUUGAUGAUAGAAUUAAGAGCAGAAGUAACAGAGGCAGGGGCAGAGGACGUGGCAAAGCCCUUUCUGGCCGUGGAAGUGGGACUCUAGGAGGUGGAAGGAGGACAGGUGCUGUUAAUGGUAGAAGGACUAGUAAUGGUGGAAGAACUGGUGCUGUUCGUAGAGGCCCACUUAAUGUCAACACUCGCGCGUCAUCUUAUGCUAUUGCCAAGUCUAUUCGCAGACCCAAGACUCUUGCAUGGCAGAGUGAUUUGUUUGAGGAUAGCCUUAGAGCUGCAGGAAUUCAAGGAGUAGAAGCUGACACUAAGUUGUAUGUUUCCAAUUUGGAUCGAGGAGUGACCAAUGAAGACAUAAGGGAACUUUUCUCUGAGCUUGGGGAGUUGAAGCGCUAUGCGGUUCAUUAUGACAAAAAUGGACACCCAACUGGUUCAGCUGAAGUUGUCUACAAUAGAAGAAGUGAUGCAUUUGCUGCUCUGAAACGAUACAACAAUGUGCUUUUGGAUGGAAAGCCCAUGAAGAUUGAGAUUGUUGGAACAAAUUCAGCAUUGCCUGUGACUGCACGGGUGAAUGUCUCUUCAAUGAAUGUCUCUGCAAUGAAUGGACAGAGGAAGAGGACUGUUGUAAUGACGCCUAGAGGUGGUCGAGGUGGAGGUCCUGCCAUGCUGAAUCGUGGUGCAGGUUGGGGGCGUCGUGGUGGCUCAAGGGGUGGGAGCGGGAGCAUGCGUGGACGUGGUCGAGGCCGUCCUGGCAGGGGUGGAGGUCGAGGUCGUGGAAGAAAGGAUGGAGUUGAGAAGUCAGCUGAGCAGCUUGACAAGGAACUGGAGACCUAUCACGCAGAGGCUAUGCAAACAUGAUCUCGGAAUCAGCAAGUUUAAUUAGUACUUUUAGUCAAAAUAUGCUAUUGGCUUGCUUGUACAGAAGCUUUUUGUCAUUGGCUUUACCUUGAAUAUUUCACUUCGCUGUGCUGAUAAAUUUUAUCCUUUUUGAACCGCGUUGAAAUCUUGUUAGGGGCUGAAUGAUUAAGUUGGUUGAUUUUGAAGCCUGCCAGUUUAUAUGAAUUGAAGUUGUUUUUGCCAAUUA